AUGUCUCUCCUUCCCGCCAUCGGAAUCCCAUCGCCGGCGCCACCGCAACAGAAACCUUUCAUCUCUCGCAAUAGCCACACCAAUCCAAUCGAAACCACAGUCUCAUGGACUUCUCGCAUCACUCUCCUCUCACGCAACGGCCGAUUCGCCGAAGCAGCCAACGAAUUCACCGCCAUGAGAAUCUCCGGCGUCGAACCUAACCACAUCACUUUCAUCGCCUUACUCUCUGGAUGUAUCGAUAACGAACCUUUCGGCGAUUCGCUUCACGGACAUGCUUGUAAACUCGGCCUUGCUAAAAACCAUGUCAUGGUAGGCACGGCGAUUCUCGGCAUGUACUCAAAACGACGUCGUUUUAGGAAAGCUAGGUUGGUGUUCGAUCACAUGGGAGAUAGAAAUUCGGUUACUUGGAAUACAAUGAUCGACGGUUACAUGAGGAGCGGCCAAGUGGACGAUGCAGUUAAACUGUUCGACGAAAUGCCUGAACGAGAUUUGAUUUCUUGGACGGCUAUGAUAAACGGAUUUGUUAAGAAAGGUUUGCACGAGGAAGCUUUGGUUUGGUUCCGUGAGAUGCAAGUUUCUGGUGUGAAGCCAGAUUACGUUGCUGUUAUCUCAGCUCUUGCCGCUUGCACGAAUCUUGGUGCUUUAUCUUUUGGAUUGUGGGUGCAUCGUUAUGUUGUGAGUCAGGAUUUUAGGAAUAAUGUUAGGGUUAGUAAUUCGCUGAUUGAUUUGUAUUGUCGAUGCGGGUGUGUGGAGUUUGCUCGACAGGUUUUUGAUGAGAUGGAGAAACGGAGUGUGGUUUCUUGGAACUCAGUGAUUGUUGGGUUUGCUGCUAAUGGGCAUGCGCAUGAGUCUUUGGUUUACUUUAGGAGAAUGCAAGAGGAAAGGUUUAAGCCUGAUGCGGUUACGUUCACUGGGGCGUUAACUGCUUGUAGUCAUGUUGGUUUAGUUGAAGAAGGUGUUCGUUAUUUCGAAGCUAUGAAAAGGGAUUAUAGGAUCACACCGAGAAUUGAACACUAUGGAUGUUUAGUUGAUUUGUAUAGCCGUGCUGGGAGAUUGGAAGAUGCUUUGAAAGUUGUAGAGGGGAUGCCGAUGAAGCCUAAUGAAGUUGUGAUUGGCUCGUUGCUUGCAGCUUGCAGGACUCAUGGGAACGAUAGAGAGUUAGCAGAGAGGAUGAUGAAGCGUCUUAGUGAGCUUAAAGUGAAGAGCCAUUCAAACUAUGUGAUUCUUUCGAAUAUGUAUGCUGCUGAUGGACAGUGGGAAGGAGCAAGUAAGAUGAGAAGGAAGAUGAAGGGUUUAGGUCUAAAGAAGCAGCCUGGGUUUAGUUCGAUUGAGAUUGAUGAUCGCACACAUGUGUUCAUGGCUGGUGACAGUGCUCAUGUGGAGACCGCUUGUAUCCGUGAGGUUCUAGAGCUUAUUUCUUCUGAUUCGCGAUUACAAUGAAGUGUGGUUGAAACACUUGCUGGGGAUCUCAUAGGUGACUGAAACCAGGGAAUUUCACCAACCUUGUUGCCAAACCAUGCCCUUAUAUACCACAUAAAACAUAUGGUACUUAUAGUCCUGUGAUUGAAUAAGCUUAGAAUCCUAGCUCCCUUCCUUCAUGGCCAGGUCGACAUUGUUGACCCGGGAUCCAUUUGUGUCUGGUCAUGUUAACGUUGAAAAAGAUCCAUCUCAAUCUCAUGGCCUCUUCAUGCACUGUUGCACAUAAAAAAAAGAACACUCUAGCAUUCCAAAACUCUGCUCUGUUAAGAGAGACUGCUCUGUUUCACAUUGCUAUGUUUUUGUAAUAUAACAAAAGAAGUAGUUUAUCAUCCCUUAAUAGUUUCAUGUUAUCUCUAAACAGAUAUUGUUUUGUUACAAAAAAAAACAAAUAUUGCUUACAAUAAUAAUUGGC